AUGGCUUCUGGAUUCGGUCUGAACGGCGGUCCCGGCCGCUGCUACGCCUUCUGGCAAGAGGUUCUCGGAUGCUACGUUGUCAACUCACCCGAGGGUGAGACUGGAAAGAAGAAGUGCACACCGGCUCUGGACGAUUACUACGAGUGCCUCCACCACCGCAAGGAGGCCCUCCGUACCAUGAAGAUGCAAGCCGCCUACCGCAAGGCCGAGGCUGCUUCCCCUCGUGAGAACGCCCCGAACGCAGAGCAAAUCCGCAGCUUGGGUCUGCUCGGAAAGGAAGAGGAAGCUACUACAGUGCUGUCACAACUGUGA